AUGCAGGUGCCAAAGAAAAAAAUCUACGUUUACCUCUCUACAAACAUUCUGCAACCAAUUCCAAAGAUGUUCUCCCGAGCAGCAGUCCGCGCUUCCUCCACGACCUCCAUGGUCGCCCGCCGUGGCUUCCAUUCUACCCGUGCCCAGAUGUCAUCACCAUACCAUUACCCCGAGGGACCCCGAAGCAACAUCCCUUUCAACCCUCUCACGAAGUGGUUUGCCAUCAGAUACUGGGGAUUCAUGGCUGUCGGAUUUGGAGCCCCAUUCGGCAUCGCGGUCUGGCAGACAGUCAAGGAGAAAUAG